AUGGCGUCCAGGCCACAGUCAACCUCUGCCAGCAGCAGAAAUUCUCGGACAACAAGACUAACAACCAGUACUUCUGGGCCACAGACGGGGAGCAGGUCCCGCCCCAGAACUGCAGCGACCUCCACCAGCUACAGUGACAAUGAAAUCAUCUGUGCCAUCAGCGAGUCGCGAGGCGUAUCUCCUACCGUUGGCCUCUCCUUUGUCAAUGUUUCCACUUCUGAAGCUGUCCUUUGCCAGUUCGCUGACACCCAAACCUACGCUCGCACAUGCCACAAGAUCAAAGUCUUUGCUCCCUCGGAGAUCAUCUACAUGAAGACUGCCGAAGAUUCGAACCUCAUCUCGAUUGUUGCCGAGAACCUUGAAGUAGAAAAGUUUGAUAUUGUCAUGACUGGGAUCGAGCGUAAAUACUGGUCUGAGAGUAGUGGCCAUGAAUACGUCGAUCAACUGGCGUUUCCGGAUGACCUGGAAUCAUUGAAGCUGUCUAUCGCUGGAAACUACUUUGCAACAUGCUGUUUUUCGGCAGCCUUGAAGUACAUCGACCUGGCCAUGGAAUUGGCGUUCGCUCCACAAACGCUUCGGAUCAAGUUCGAACCCUCAGAAGGCUCGACCAUGAUUGAUCUCUCCACAAUGGCCUCGCUUGAGUUGAUCCAGAACCUCCAGAACGACAAAUCUCGAGACUGUCUCCUUGGAUUGUUGAAUCAGACUUUGACACCAAUGGGCGCUCGGUUCCUGCGAAGCAAUGUCCUGCAGCCCUCAACGGACGCGGAAAAGAUCAGAAAGAGGCAGCAAGCUCUCAGCGAACUCUCAUCCAAGGAAGACAUGUUCUUUGCAGUUCGAUCCGCUCUGAAAUCCUUCGUUGAUGCCGAUCGUGUGCUUGCUGCGCUCGUCAUCAUUUCAACAAGACAGGAUUUUCAUUAUAUGGAGCAAUCGAUCAAUAAUGUUCUCAUGCUCAAGACUCUGGUGGAUGGGAUCAAACCGGUCUGUCAGGCUCUUGCCGGCGCAAAUAGCGAAGAGCUCCAGAUGAUACGCCAGCUCUGCGACGCAGGAAAUUACUCUCAAGUGGAGAAUCUGCUCGGACGGUGUCUGAAUGCCGAUGUACGGUAUUCAUCAAAACCACUUGAUCUACGAAACCAGAGGGUCUAUGGCAUUCAGGCCGGAGUCAACAGUUUCCUCGACGUGGCCCGUCAGGCGUACAAGGAGCUGAACGCAGAUGUCAACGACAUGUUUGACCGCCUCAAGCUUGAUGACUCGCUCUAUGUAGAAGAGAGCGAGAUCUCUCUCGAACUCAGAUACGAUUCCGACCGACACUACUACCUCCGCUUCCCCGCCAGCGAGAUCAUGGAUAAGUCCAUGCCUGAAACGUUCAUCAACACCUACAAGAAGAACAAAUACAUUGAAUGCCAGACACUGGAUCUCAUGAAGAUGAACCAGAAGAUCAAGGACGCCCACAACGAAGUGAUCUGCCUGUCUGACGCCACCGUGCAAGAGCUCAUCGACGAGGUUCGUAGCUCAAUCCACCCGCUCUUCAAGAUCAGCGAGUCCAUCGCCAUGCUCGACAUGCUCGCCGGGUUCGCGCAACUUGUCACGACAUCCAUGAACGAGUACGUCCAGCCUGAGCUCCAUUUGGACUCGUUCAUGAUCAAAUCCGGCCGCCACCCGAUUCGCGAGAAGCUGCAACAUCAAGAUGACAGAUUUGUGCCCAACGACGUGUACGCCACGCCACAAAAUCGCUUCCACAUCAUCACCGGAUGCAACAUGAGCGGGAAAUCGACCUACAUCCGCUCCGUUGCGCUGAUGGCUGUGAUGGCACAGAUCGGCUGCUUCGUGCCCGCCGAGUACGCCUCCUUUCCCCUCUCGCACGAAAUCUUUGCUCGCAUCUCAACUGACGACAACAUCGAAGCCAACGUCUCCACGUUUGCCUCGGAGAUGCGGGAAAUGGCGUUCAUCUUGCGCAACCUGUCUCCGCACAGUCUGGUCCUCAUCGACGAGUUAGGCCGCGGCACCAGCACGACAGACGGGUUGGCCAUCGCCAUCGCCAUCGCCGAGCAGCUGAUCGAGUCCAAGGCGUACGUCUGGUUCGUGACACACUUUCGCGACUUACCACGCAUCCUGGCCGAUCGCGCGGGCGUCGCCAACCUGCAUCUGUCCACAGACAUCAGCGAGGACUACUCGAAGAUGACGAUGCGGUACAAGAUCGCCGACGGGUACGAGCAAGAGAAGUUCUACGGGCUGGCCCUCGCCAGAGCGAUCGGCCUGCCGGGCGAUGUGGUCGACAUGGCCACGAGUGUUUCGGAAGCUCUGCACGAACGGAGUGAAGCGAGGAAGCGAGACCCCCGGGCCACGGCGCUGGCCCGGAAGAGGAAACUGGUCCUGAACGUCAAGGAGCAGCUGGGCCAUGCCCGCGAGACGGCCGUCCGGGGCGCGGCCAGUGGUGGUGCGGAGGCGUUGCGGAGUUGGCUGAAGAAGCUGCAGUGGGAGUUCACCGUGCGCAUGGCCGCGAUCGAUGCGGACGUGGCAGCGGCGGCUGGUGCUUCAGAGCAUGGGGAUGAGUCCGGGGGGGAAGGAGACAAAGACGAGGACGAAGACGAAGACGAACAAGAGACGGACGAGGAGGAGGAUGAGGAGGAAAUUGAACCAGAAGACCCUUUCCACGGCGAAGACGCUCCGUCGGAGUAG